UCUCAACAGUUGGGAGGAUCUAUUUUCUCAUUUUAGGCGUGGAUUUCCACCUUGUAGCAAGUUCUAAAUGCACAAGCAGAAGGUAAAAUGUUUCAGCUAAUUUGGCUUUAACGCUGGCUUGUAAUGAACGUGCAACCAAUACAGGGAAGGCUGCAAAUUUUUAUUAGAUCAACAUGACAGAUACCAUUUUUGGCAAUGGAAGAGACCAAUGGGUGUGCCCCAAUGAUAGACAGCUAGCCCUCAGAGCCAAGCUACAUACAGGCUGGUCUGUCCAUACUUUCCAAACAGACAAACAGAGGAAAAAUCAGUCUCUUGAACAAAAUGAGAUAGAGUCAAUUGUCCAAGUGAUUAGAAGAGCUGAAAAAGUAGAUACACUGGAACAACAGAGAAUUGGACGCCUUGUGGAAAGACUAGAAAAUAUGAGGAAAAAUGUAAUGGGAAAUGGAAUGUCACAAUGCCUGCUAUGUGGGGAGCACCUUGGAAUACUGGGCACUACUUCUGUCUUUUGCCAAGACUGUAAAAAGAAAGUCUGCACAAAAUGUGGGAUUGAAACUGUCAGCAACCUGAAGCGGCCCACCUGGCUGUGUAAAAUAUGCAGUGAGCGGAGAGAGGUCUGGAAGAGAUCAGGAGCUUGGUUUUACAAAGGUAUCCCAAAAUAUAUUUUACCUCUGAAAAUUUCAAAUAAAGCCGGUGAACUUCACCUGAGGCAUGCACAAGCCGAGCCUCAGAUUCAAGAUGUGAGGACCGUUGUAACAAAUCGAACUUACACGUGGGCAAAAGGACGAGUGGCUUCCAGUGACAGUGAAAGUGACUCCGAAUUAAGUUCUUCAAGUUUGGAUGAUAAAGCAUCAUUUGAUUCCAGAAAUGAAAAGUGCCGAAAAAAUAGAAUUGACUCCGUUUCCAGUACUGAGCCCACUCUGACUUCAGGUGGUAAUCACAAGAAACAUGUUGGUGGGAUUCUCUCCAGUGGCUUGUCAGGUAGUCUGACCAGUCUUGGCAGUGAUCGAGGAGGUACCGGAAGUGCCACUGAAAGCUGUCCCGGAGAAUUUAUUGAAGGCUAUGAUAGUGACAUCAGCAGACGUGGUCCAGAAGAGAAGAUGGCAAAAUACCUGAAAAGAAGAAAUGCUGGUCGUCACAUAACGGGAAAACACCAUGGAAAUGCAAAUCUACGCCGCUGACUGCACAGGAAAAAAGUAUACACUUGACCUCAAACAGUAAUUUUAUACCAGCUGCCACUUUCAAUAUGUCAUCAAACAAUCGAUCAUCAAGUGCGGGUCUAUAGAUAUUGUGUAAUGUGUAAAUUCUUUCAGUCAUUGGUUGAGUAUUUGUAUCCACCUAUUUUAAUAUGGUACAUGCUUGUUAACUAUUACAACUGUAUGUAAUUAGUAUAUGGAUUUGUGUGUUUUAGAGUGUUGUACGUAUAAAAGUUUGUUUCUACAGCUAAAUUGUUUGGAUAAUUGUAUUGACAUUGUAUAAUUGUUUAUUGACAUCAAUAACUUCAGUAAUUAAAACAACUACCAAACUAUCCAAAAACUUUUUUGUGCACACUGUGACACUCCUAUUCAGCCUUCUAGAUGAUAUUUCUUUGGUCUUUAUAGUGUAGGAGAUUACUGGAGGAAGAAAACAGGUAAUCCGACUUCAGGUUUACAGCUGCGGUAUGUUGAUAAAUCUGCUCCAGCAGUUUCUGCAGAUCGGCUAAAAAAGGGUUGUCCAGGAACGAAAAAACACUUGUCUUCUGCCAAAAAACAAAACACAGCACCACCUCUGAGAGCAGUAUUGCAGCUCUGCUGGUUUUGGAAAACCCCUUUAUAGCUACAAUAGUUAUUUCAAAGUGAGGUUCAUUGUGAAGGCAUAGAGGCAGUAAGAGCAAACAUCAGCUAGUCCCUUCACUUCAGUCCUUCACACCCUACGCUAAAGUAAAUAUAACUUCACAGGACUGAAUAUGGAAAGUGGAAGGAGCGCUUUGGUAUAUUGAGUGGAUUUCCUUGAUAUUGGAUUUACCAGACAUACAGCUAAUAUAUUUGGAAUAUAUUUAUGAUUGCUUAACUUAUAGUUACUUGUUUGUAUUAUACUACCACAUUUUAAGUGUACUUCAAUUAAUCUCUCUGUUAUGCACUAUUCCAAAAGAUUUUCUUUUAAUAUGUUCUUACACUGAAGUAUUUCUAAGACUUUGAGAUGGAUAGAUAGAUAACCAAAACCAUUUCAGGACCUGCUGUUAAUAACACUUUGUAUUAGUCACUGUAUAAAAUAUUGAUAUACCUGAUUAUCAGGGGGUACAAGUACCAUUCAUUGUCUUAAGUUAUUGUUAUUUGUGAUAAUUUUGCUAGAAAAACGUCUAUCUACUG